AUGGACGACUUCUCCGACGAUGGCUUCGACGACCUAAACGUCGCCGUGUUACAGGAGCUCGAGACAAAAGCACUACAGGCAAUCCAGUCGCAACGACAACAACAUCCACUACAUCAACCCUUUCGAGGGCGGCAGAGCAACCUUGGCCACCGUCAUGGAGACGGAGAGAUCAUCGAGAUCGACGUCGAGCCAGAGCUUGGGCAGGAUGUCGACCGGGCUGAUGCAGCUGUGCUCCGCGAACUGGCCCGCGUGCCGGCACAGCAUGCUUAUGGUGGCCGACUGACAGCCGCAGCCGCACCGCCACCGCUUCCUCUACCAGCGUACUCGCAGCGGAGCCUCAUUGACGUUCCGCUACCCGUUGCCUCGAAACACAACGCCACCCACAACCUAAGCCGCAAUCACAAUGUCGGGGGCAACUACGGCAACAACCUGAACCCGAGGAAUGGCACUUUUUACCCACCACCCUCACAGAAGCGGCCCGUCGCCCCGCCACCAGUGUCUCAAGUACCAGGGCCGCCAAGGCCCUUGAUUCCUGUGCGAGCGGGAGCCGCCGGUGGAGGGGUGAGCAUGCCUGCGGCCGGCGCCGCAAGCGGUAGCAAAAGCACGGACAAUGCAACCAUCGCGGACCUUCAGCAACGAAUUCGCCUACUUGAGACUGAUAUCUACACUGCGCAAGGCAGGGCUUCGAUGAUGGCAAACAAGUACGACGAAGCACAACGGAAGCACGAUGCCGAGGUGGCACGAAUACAGAAGCAAAAAGACGAAGAACUGGCACGGUUACGCCAACGGACCGAGGCGGCCGUGGCGGCGCAAAAAAACGCCGCCACGGAGCUUGAGUUUGCUAAGCAGGACCUCAAAGAAGAGGUGGAGAAGAACAAAAAGGGCCGGCGCACCGACCGCGCAGACGGCCCGACCACACCGCGCAAAAACACAACGGCAAGAUCCAAUUGGAACGUCGCCGAUGGAUUUGAAGAUAUUGAGCUUCUGCCAAGCCCCAGUAAGAACUUUGGCCGACGCCUCAAGGAGGCGGGCGCCAGCAGCGCGAUCUCUGCCAUCGAACGGACGCCGACAAAAGGCAAGCGGCGGCGAAACAUCACAGACAGUCCGACGAAACCCUUGGAGACGAUCGCUGCGGAGGACGAAGAUCUGUUCAAUGGAUCGCCAGACAUGCCUGCAAACGCACAGCCUCCCACACAACCCGCCAACGAACCGCCAGAUUGUCCUCCAUUUGUAGUCAGUACCUGUUAA